AUGACCCAGGUGCAAUCCAGCCGCCCGUCGCAGUACGACCCGAAUCAGGAUCCUGAAGAGGCUGCCAAGUUGCAGCAGUCGCUGCGUGCAUACAAUCGCAGAGCUCUCGACAUGGAACAGUCGACGAGCGACAGCUCAAGUGUCUCGACGCUUGAAGCGGCCCAGCAAGUGCGCCAGUUCCUCGAUGAGCUGGAUCUCUCCAAUCCCGACUCUGUGUCCUCCAGAAUCCACCAGCCAGCCGAGGCCAUCAUGGAGGCGGAGGCGAUCUGCGCUGUCGUCCGAUCAUCGCGCGCCAUCAGCAGAAACCUGCCCACUGGCCUGACGCGGAGGCUGACCGAGGGAGACUUUCUCGCCAAGGUUGUCACUUUCAUGAGCCCUCAAGGCUCGUUCCAUGUCAAUGCUGCCGGCGGCGGCGAUGACGAUGAUGAUGACGAUGUGCCCUCGCAGCAAUCCAAUGCCAACACACUCGACUGGACUCGGCUCGGCUCUGCAGCCGCACCUGUUUUCCGUCGCGUCCCUGCCAUGCGUGUGCUCCAUGGCCCGCUGUCGAUCAUUCCGCCCGUUCGCAAAGUCAUCAAUCGAGCUCGUGCGAGCCGCGAUCCUGACGAGAAGCCACACACAACCAAAGUGGUCGAUUCAACUUCAUUGGUCAAGUCCGAGGAAACAGACAUCCGCUCGCGCGAACUUUUGGCUAUUUUGCGGGGACUGGAAGAAGUGAACGUCUUCAAGUUUGUGUUGAAUCCAGCGUCGUUUUCUCAGUCUGUUGAAAAUCUAUUCUACCUCGCCUUCCUGGUUCGCGAUGGGCAUGUGGAAGUGUUCUUUGAUGAAGCGACCUCGAUGCCGAUGGUUGGUACGUGA